AUGCAUCCCACCUUGCUGUUCCUCCCGCUCUUGGCCUCCUUGCUCCUCCUCCUCCAUGACCACGCCAGCGCCGACUGCGAGCCGGCGGCAUGCGGGAACCUCACCCUCAGGUACCCGUUCUGGCUCGGCAGCAGCACCAAUCCGCCUUCUUCUUCCAGCUGUGGCCACCCGGGCUUCGAGGUCUGGUGCAGCGGCGACGGCCGCGUGGCCUCCUUGAAGGGCACCUACAUCCACGUCCUCAGCAUCAACUACACCGCCAGCUCCCUCGUCGCCUCCGACGCCAGGGUCGCCGGCGACGACGGCGUGUGCCAGACAAACUUCAACGUGUCCUCCAGCAUCGCGCUCAGCCUGUUCAAUAUUACCCCACACAACCGUGCCCUGUGCUUCCUCUACGACUGCAACAACGGCACGGCCCCGAGCGGCCCCGAGUACGUGAACACCACCUCCAACUGCAGUACUCCGAUCUACGCGUACCUCGGCGGGGCCUACUACUGGGACAAGCCGCUGGCGCCGAUCACGACGUGGAGAUGCGAGUUCGCCUGCAUGCCGGUGCUCGGGUCGGAGGCGGCGGUGAUGACGGCGGCCAACUACAGCCGGCUGCUGAAGGACGGGUUCGUCCUGGACUGGGAGGUGGCCGGCGUCGGCGACUGCCGAGCCUGCAACGACAGCGGCGGGCAGUGCCGGUACGACAGCGACGCCGCGGAGUUCUGGUGCCACUGCCCCAACGGCAGACGCGCGCGGCCGACAUGCGCCGGUGAGUCCCCCACGCACCUCCCCAACUUGCCCACGCCCUCCGUACACGUAUGUGCCUCUCCCUCUACAGUAGUCAGCGUGUGGUGUGUGGACGCCGGCGGCCGUCGCGGACUCGGCACGUACGUGCUGGUCGUUUUAGCCGCACGACUUUCUUACUGA